AUGUCUUCCACCCUCUCGUUCCUCGACCAGUUCAACGCCCCCUCGACCGAAGGCGGGAAAAGGCUCUCAAUCUACACCCCUAAGCACACCCACGUCGGCGACAGCACCUUGCUGACGCUCCUUCUCAGUAAUCCCACCGACGUUUUCAACAAGCUUAAAGCCCACAACCCUGAGGCAACCAAUGCCACCGACCGCGCUGCACUAGAGGCGUACCUCUCUGCCCGCCGCGAAUACGACAAGGCUGUCAAGGCAGCCGACGAGGCCAUCGACCACCACAAGCGGCUCCUACGCCAACAGGACGACCGCGUCCUCACCGAGCUCAUCCGGCUCGACAAUCUGAAAGUCGCCCAUCGCUUUCAACCGCUCUUACCAUGCAGCAUCCGAGCACGACACAACAAAUUCAUCCCGAGCGCCAUCCCCAACGCGUACUUACCCCUACCCGCACCCCUACCGACGUCUGCCUUCAGACGCCCCCCGAUCCCAUCCCCUUUCCUCCAAGCAACGCCGCGGAGCACUACCAUCCCGGCUGACUGGCAACCCAACCCUGGAUGCGGAAAAGAAGCCCCUGGACACCUGGAGCGAGAGUGCGGAACCAGGCCGAUGAAGCGACACGUAUCUGCACCACCUGAAGAACCUGCACGACGCAUGGGGGUGGUCGUCGACAACGUGUUCCUCGAAGGAAUCAUCAACGAGGCAAAGGAGAGGAAGGAGAAAGAAAGGCAGACGAAAGCAAUACCCAUCCCUCCACCGCGUAGCACUAACCCCGAACCCCCGCCAGUCCCGUUGCGGGACCUUCGUGCCCCCACCCCGAUACACCCGUCGUCUUUCGCAAACUCCUGGCCGAAUCAGAAGCACCUCUCUGGCGAGGAUUGGAUGAACGUAGGAAGGAACGCGCGCAAGGAGUGGUUCGACGAAGAGGAGGACGACGGCGUAGAUUGGGAGUUGUAUGGAGAUGGUGAGCAGUAA